AUGACCCCGCAGCCCCCACCACUCGACGCUACACCUUUCCUCAACGACGAGCAACAACGGGAGCUCGGCCGAACCCCGUUACCAUUCAGGCUCUUGGGUGCGUGGCUCAUCCUCAUCAGAGAUGAUUACCUGGGGCAGUGGAGCACGCGUCAAGUCCCUUGCGUGGAGUGCGUCGGCCAGCGACUCCCUUGCAUAGACAAGGUUGGAUCUGAGGUCGCUGCCCGGUGCGAAGGAUGUCGCUUCAACGGAUACAGAUGCAGUAACGGUGAUGCCGUCGCCGUGGACGCCGAAGACCGCCCAGCUUUGGCUGAGCGCAUCUCCACCAAGAAACGCAAACUCGAGUUACCGGAUGCCGGGUCGUCCCCCGCUGCUGUGAGCUCCAUCGACACCAAGCUCGACCUUCAGUGCAACAUCGACGACGCGGAGACGUUGCACGAUGAGAGGCCCAGCACGACAAGCGCCACCUCAAACUUGCCGACCCUUCUUCCCGCAUGGCCGGCAUCCUUGCCUCCGAAGCCGGUGGCCCCUUUAGGCAUCCCAGGCGAUGGGUUGAAAGCCCCAGACAACCUUGAGCAGGUGCGAUCAAUCCUCGAGAACGCUCGGCGCCUGGCACGAUGUAACGGCCGCGACGUCAAUGUCAACCUCGAUCACAGCAUUCAUCCGUCCGACUUCCAGCGAUUCGACGCGACCGUACUCGUUCGCCCACCUGGGACUCUGCCUACGUGGCUGGUGGUGCUGGUCGACCACAAGACACGUCGGGGGAAGGUCCUGUUCAAUGACCGCCGGGUGCCCGGCAGGUUUCAGCACCCGGUCCAAGUAUGUCUCGAGCGGGCGUUCUAUAUCUUUCACAAGUCGGUUUCCCUCCGCGCCGAAGUGUGUCCCAGCCUCGAUAGCGAUGGUGAGGGUUGCCUUCACGCCACUGCAUUGGCUGUCGACUUCAUCCUCAAUGGCCCAGGCCCGUCGGGUCAUGAGCUCAUCGUGGACCGGAAGAAGGCUCUCCGCCAGCAUCGUCAGCUCCUCGAGGGUAUCUGGCCCCCAUCGGUCGCAGUCACCCUCGGCAGAGAGUCAACUGCAGUCGCGCGCAUCUCUAGGCACGAACGCUGCUUCGAGUGGGUCAAGGAAGAGGACCGCCCCGGGCGCUGA